AUGUCUAUACUAGAGAAGAUACGUAAAGCACGAGAAAAUUUGCGAGCUGUUGAAACUACAGUAACAAUGGAAGAUGGUACAGUAGUGAAAGAAAAACGUUCAAGUGGAGGUGAUUUUGUGUGUACAGGUGAUGAGAGAGGUCAAACUGAUAAUAGUGGUAGCGAAAAAGAGGUGCAAGAGCUUGAAGUUACUUUCAAAAAGGAAAGUGGUUUGGACGAUUCACAGAAAGCAUAUUCUACAAGUCAUAUUUCAAAUCGACAGAUGAAAAACCGAUUAUAUCGGCAAGCUUUGGGUUAUAUAGUGGAUUUAAAACCUGAUCUACAGAUGGCGAAUGUGGCGAAAGGAAUUUACCUUGGAAGUCAGGAUGUAGCACACGAUUAUGACAUCCUCAUGGCACAUAAUGUUACACAUAUUAUCAACUGUGCAACUGGUGUAGAGAAUAUUUUUUUGGGUGCAAUUAAAUAUCUUACAUUUGAUGUGCUGGAUUUACCGUGGAGUAAUAUGGAGCAAUAUUUUGAUAAAUGUCAUGAAUUCAUGAAGAAUGCAGUAGAAAAUGGUGGAAAUGUUCUUGUACAUUGUAAUGCUGGUGUCUCUCGAUCACCCACUAUUGUUUUAUCAUACAUAAUGCGAUAUAACAAAAUGACGUUACGUGAAGCUCUGGAACACGUCAAUACAAUUAGAAAAGUUAACCCAAAUCCGGGUUUCAUGCAGCAGUUGAUGAGAUAUGAAAUGAAAUUACAAUCCGAGAAUGAUGUCGGUAAAUAA